CCUUCAGCCCUGGGUGUGGCGAUCCUCCAUCUGGUCUGGGUGGCCUCCUCACGGAUGUCAGGGUGUUGUCAGAAACUGUGGCUGGAGACGCCAUCUGCUCCCAAUUACUGCGUGACAGUCUGCAGAAUGACGUGCGAGAUGCUGUCCGGUGAAAUGCAACAGCAGUCGGGGGCAUCCACUCCAGGAGACGGAGAGGAACGGACUCCUGGACGCCUGCAAGCUGUCUGGCCUCCUCUGAAGGAAGAAAAGGUUGGACUGAAGUACACCGAAGCAGAGCACCAGGCUGCUCUGCUGCAGCUGAAGAGAGAAUGCAAAGAGGAGCUCCAGAAGUUACAGGAGGAUUACAGCCAGAAACUCUCCAGGCUGAAGGUGGAAAAUGAAGACAAUGUCACCCGCCUGGAGGAGGCUCUGGCCGAGCUGCAGGCCACGUUCUCGCAAGUCGGGACGCACCGUCGAGGGGAGCUCCGAGACGUCUCCGUCUCCACGGUGGACGACUGUCUUCACAAAUCGUUUCGCACGGUCUGCAUCCAGACGGACAGAGAGACUUUUGUCAAAACUCCUGAAGGUGUUGAGGGUGUAGCGGGGCCCUGCAGCAGUCCUCAGCAAGAACAGGCGACGCCCAAUAAGCUGGACCUGACCUCCAUCGGCCUCGGCCUGGCCGGUCAGAGAGACGACGGACUGACCUCCACCUCCACCUCUCCUGUUUCCUCAUUUCAACCUCCUCCUCCUUCAUGCUCACCACCUCCAUCGCAGCAUCCGCCAGCCUCCUCAGAGACGACGUCAGCAGUCCAACCAAACCCUCUCCCCCCUCCUCCUCCUCCUCCUCCUCCUCCUCCACCUCCACCGUGCUCAUCACUGAAUCUAAAACAAGCAUCCAACGGCUGCCCUCCACCGCCACCUCCUCCACCCAUGCCAGGCUCAGCGCCUCCUCCUCCACCGCCUCCUUCGUUUGGGAGUUACACGGUGGAGAAGCCUCCCAGGAAAGCAGCAGUGAAGCCUUCCAAACCCAUGAAGACUCUUUACUGGACCAGGAUCCAGAUUCAGGACAACAACAACAACACACUGUGGAAUGUUUUAGAGGAGCCAGACAUAAUUGAUACCAGUAAGUUUGAGGAUCUCUUCGCAAAAACUGCAACACAGACCAAAAGGAAGCCGCUGGCAGAGGCCUACGAGAAGAAAACCAAAGCCAAGAAGAUCAUUAAGCUGCUGGAUGGUAAGCGAUCGCAGGCCGUCGGCAUCCUCAUAUCCAGCCUCCACCUGGAGAUGAAAGAUAUUCAGCAAGCUGUGCUGGCAGUGGAUCACUCAGUGGUGGACCUGGAGGCGAUUGAAGCGCUCUAUGAAAAUAGGGCCCAGCCAGAGGAGCUGGAGAGGAUCAAAAAACACUACGAGACGUCGGAGGAGGAGGACGUCAAGCUGCUGGACAAACCCGAACAGUUUCUGUAUGAGCUCUCUCAGAUCCCAGACUUCGCAGGCAGAGCGCGCUGCAUCAUCUUCCAGUCAGCGUUCCUCGACGGGAUUGCCACCAUUCAACGCAAACUCAACACGGUCUCGUUCGUCUCCAAGGCCCUGCUGGAGGGCAAGAGCGUGAGGGAGGUGAUGGGACUGGUGCUGGCUCUGGGGAACCACAUGAACGGAGGCAGCAGGGUCAGAGGUCAAGCUGACGGCUUCGGCCUGGAAAUCCUCCCAAAGCUCAAGGAUGUGAAGAGCAGGGACAAUCGGAUCAGCCUCGUGGACUUUGUGGUGUCAUACUACCUUCACAAUGUGGACAAGAACGCCGGCACCGACAAGAGCGCGUUCCCACUUCCUGAACCGCAGGACGUCUUCCUGGCAGCCCAGGUCAAGUUUGAAGACCUCAGCAGGGAUCUCGAUCAGCUCGGGCGAGACCUGUCAAAGUGUGAAAAAGACGUCCAGAGAGUUUGCUCUGAGUCUCCUGAGGAGCACCUGCAGCCUUUCAAGGACAAGAUGGAGGCUUUUGCUCUCAGUGCACGGAAAGAGCACGCUGAAGGAUCCUAUCAGCUGAUGACAACACAGAAAAGUUUUCAGGACUUGGUUCUUUACUUUGGACUGAGGCCCAGGACUGGAGAAACAGAGGUGACAGCCACUCAUUUCUUCAUGCUCUGGUUUGAGUUUUGCGCUGACUUCAAAGUCAGGUGGAAGAGAGAGAACAAGAACAUCUCUAAAGAAAGGUUAAAAGAGGCUCAGCAGUCAGUGAAGAGGAUCACUGGAGAGAAGAAAGUAGAGACAAGAAAGAUCAACGCCAACAGCCUGAAAGAGCGACUGCGUCAGAAAGAAGCCAGUUUAUCUUCGACAUAACCCCUACGCCAUCACGCCGGAUCAAACUGGUUACGGAGCAGGAUUCCAACCAAACUCCACUGAGGACAAGAGGCAUCUAUCACACCUUCACUGAGUGCUGACAUUCAAACAGCACAAAGCUCCAUGUAAUAAUACGUGUUACCUGAAAUGUGUCUGAACUCUGUAGAUUUGAAACAUUCAUUUGUGAAUAGAUUCUCACUUUGCAUUCAGAUUCAUUAUGAUAUGUAAAGUCUAAUGUUUUGUUUAGUGUUUUUCCACAAAUAAAAUCACUGUAGAUCACACAGAUGUAAUGGAAAAGACUGAAUGCUGUUUUAU